AUGUCAUCCGCAGGUCUGCAGUCUGACCACAGCACCAGCACUCCCAGGAACUCAUCGCUGGUGCUGCCGGACAGUGUGUAUGAGUACGUGAGGCCCGGGCUGGCAUGGGGGCAGGCCGGGGGGCACUGUGCCUUGGGCUAUGGCAGCCUGGCGCUGGUCAGCACCGCUCGGGAGAGGACUGCGAUCAGGCUACUCACUGCUCAGCUCGAGGCGGGGCCGGCGUGGGUCAGCGGGAGACCACUAGCAGACACGGCCGAGCUCCCGGUGCUGAUGUUCCAAAGCAAAACAGACAGCAAGUACGCCCGGCUGCUGAGGGCCCUGCCCUUGUUGCCAGGAGUGACGGUGUGUGCCCACGUGCAGUGGGAUCGGCGCUCUCCAGGGAUUGGCACCAUCUUCUCCUAUGCCGUGCCCGAGUUCCUGAAUGCCCUCCAGCUGCGGGGACGAGGGGAGGGGGGGUGGGUGCAGCUGGCACUGAUCGUGCAAGGUCACCACACGGCUUACGGGGCCGGGUUCAGGAACGACGGGCACUGGCACCACGUGUGUGCCACGUGGCAGGCGGGCGGUGGCACCUGGGCCAUCUACGCGGACGGGGCAGAGGGCAGCUCGGGCCGCGGGCUGUACCAGGGCCAGCACAUUCCCGGCAACGGCUCCUUCAUCCUGGGGCAGGACCAGGACUCACUUGGGGGCUCGUUCGCCAGCAACGAGGCCUUCAGCGGGAAUGUGACGGGGCUGAGCUUGUGGGCGCGGGCACUGGACACGGGCCAGCUGGCGGGGCUUAGCGUAUGCUGGCGGCCCCCACGCAGCCUGAUCUACACGUGGAGCAUGCACACGCUACAGGUGGAGCCCACAGUGCGGACGGUCACGCUACACUUCCACUGUCCAGUGCCUCACAACACCUGCCCCACGCUGGAGCCUGUGUCAGGAAGCCAAGGGCUUUAUCACUGUGACGGUCCGUUACCUUUCAUCUGCCAGGUCAGCACAGCUGCGCAGCUGAAGCUGAAGGAACUGGAAUCGGGCCCAGAAAGCUGGCUCCUCACCAAACUGGGGGGGCUCCCGGACAACAGCACGAUGCUGGAGUUGCUGAGGUUGAGCGGCAGGAGGAGAGUGAGCAGUGUGCGGGAGGCAGGGGCUGUGAUGGCUGCCGUGCGGGGGGCUCUGGUCGGGGGGAACAAGACGCUGACAGCCGGGGACGUGCUGCGGCUGGUGCGGCUGCUGGGGAACGUGGCAGAGACCCCGACUGGGGGCAACCAGAGCCGCUCUGUACCUGAGACCCUCGGCCACGAUUUCCUGGAAGUUGCAAGUGCACUCCUCGACCAGAGCUACACGGCGACCUGGGGAGAUAUCAGCCAGGUGGUCCCAGGACCGAUGGUGGUGGUCUCGGGGCUGGACAGGAUGGUGCAGACCCUGAACAAGCUGCUUGCUCCUGACACCCGGGAAAUGGUCAUUAAAUGCCAAAACAUCCACCUGGAAAUGCGAGAGGAAAGGCUGAGCGAUGUGACUGGUGGGGUUGGGGCUGAUUUUGGGGCUGGGGUUGAGGAUAGUAUCAUUGUCCCUGGGGAAGCUGUGACCAAACUACGACAAAGAGGUGCAGGCUCUGUAAUGGCCCACAUUGUCAGUGUAAGGUACCGGACACUGCACACUUUGCUGGCAAACAGGACAGUCCACGGCAGCCACUUGAGGACAACAGCUCACGCCGAAGGAUUCAAACAUGUGGGCACAUUGCUGGCCUCGGCGGUCGUUUCGGCCACGGUGUUCCAGGCCGGGAAACCCGUCAGCACAGCCAUACACUACAGACUGCAGCACAGAGUACAGACUCCCCCCAGACUGCUCGCUGACCCAGUCUGUGUGUUCUGGGAUUUCAGUCUGCGCUCGGCAAGGCCUGGGGGCUGGUCAUCGCGGGGCUGUGAGGUGCUGGAGACCAUCCGGGGAGCCACACUCUGUGCCUGUAAUCACUCCACUAACUUCGCUUUGCUGUUCCAGCUGUACCACGUUCAGAGGAGUUCGCAUGACGACGCUGCCCUACGGAAGCUCUCUCUGGUUGGCUGUGGUGUGUCUCUCGUGGCUCUGGCCCUGACCCUCCUCGUGUUCUCUUUUGUGGGCAUCCCGAAGUCAGACCGAAUCACCGUCCACAAAAACCUGGCGAGUGCCCUGUUGUGUGCUCAGGCACUGCUGCUGGCCAGCGAGAGAGCCCGAGGCAACCAGCAGCUAUUCAAAACUAAAGAUAAAAUCUAG